GCGAUGUAUGCGUCAGAGCAGAGAGAAAGUGCGCUCGAUCGUUAAAGAGAAGAAUCAACCCCCGUUAACUGCACAGACGGUGGCGGAGAAACAGACUCAACAUAUCACUAACACCACAUGCGUCGCAUUUUGGGACAUUUUUACAUGAUUAUUCGAAUAUAUGCUGGAAUUAAAGCUGUUUGUUUCUUCGGAUACACACCAAAGACAAGUCGAGGAUACAGAUGAGAGUGACAGUUCUAGUGAUCAGCGCAGUUCAAGUGCGUAAAUGAGAUAUGUUGGAGAGAAUGAUAGUGUAACACUCGACUUAGAUCCACGCAACAGCCACACACUGGAAAUUUAAAAACAAACUGAAAAUUUCCACAUUCUUGCAAUGAGCGAUGAAAGCUCGAAUAUCCAAUAUAUUAUUUUCCUAAAGUUGACAUAUCUUGGAAAAACAACGCAUUCCUUUCCUCUGAAUCUGUGAAAGAAAAGCGCAGCAAAUGUGUUGGUUGUUGUAGAGCAAUGGAGAUGUGGUGUGGAUGCUGAAGGCAGUCAGGAUGCUGAUGCUGAGAGUUGCGUGGGCUCUAGCGGGAGCGGCGAUCUGCUGUUUUCUCAUCAUUCUCAUCCACUCUCGCUUCCUACGAGAAGGACAACUUGCAGCAGGCACAUGUGAGAUUGUCACUCUGGACAGAGACAGCAGUCAGCCACGCAGGACGAUUGCCAGACAGACGGCCCGUUGUGCAUGUAAGAAAGGACAGAUUGCUGGGACAACGAGAGCCAGGCCAGCCUGCGUGGAUGCUCAUAUCGUGAAGACCAAGCAGUGGUGUGACAUGGUGCCCUGUCUAGAGGAUGAAGGUUGUGACCUGUUAGUUAAUAAAUCAGGCUGGACUUGUACACAGCCCAGCGGCAGAGUGAAAACUACAACGGUGUCCUAACACUGAAAGGGGUUCCUGGAGCACCACGAGAUGAAGCCUCUUGCUGCUUCGCCCACCUGCUGUAGAUACUUGCUAUGUCUCAUCUGCUUAACACCUGGCUCUGCAGCAAUGGGCAGCAACCCCUUGUGCCACGGAGAAAAUACUGUACAUUCACAAAGCGCCUCACAGAUUGUGGUACAGUAAGAGCCUUAAUGACUUUAAGAUGAAGCACAGGACAAUGAGGCACCUACCCUGUCUAAGACAACCCUGAACCAGACACAGGCUUCAUGGGGCUCCUUCAGCAUUUCUUAUCUGAUCUGAAACUGUGAACCUAACUGCUCUGUGAAAAAGCUUUCUGCUGGAUUAUGUUUUUGACACUCUGUCUUUUUUUACAGACCAAAGAAGAAAAGUAAUACACCAAUAAUAAUAAUAAUAAUAAUAAUAAAUGCAUUGAUUAUAUGAGCGCAGACUGAAGAACAGACUUUUAAGGGAAAAUUUAGGCAAAGAAAUUAUAAACCUAAAUGUAAAGAGGGAGAGAGAUAAGGACUAUUCUAUACAGCAGUGCUCUACAAAUGAAAACACUGAUGUGGAACAUUAAAAUGACUGGGUCAACCAUUCACAUUUAUCACAAUCAGAGAAGAACCUUUAGUACUUUAGUACGUGUCCUUGAACUGAAUUAAUCACUGUAUUCCAAGGGUAACAAGGAUAUAGAUACUGUACACAUAAAGACUUCAAUAAAGUUAAUUUCCAUUUUUCAG